UCCUCCCAGUUUCAAAGUCACUCAGGAAAACCUAACAACCUGGUGUGCGUGUCUUCUCACAGUCUCAUCAGCCUCUAGCAAGAAAACAUGGGCAGACACAAGAUGUAUUUGGACAAACUGUCCCGGUUCUUCCAGAUCCGUAACCUGUUGCUUCGGCAGGCUUUGGCAGAGUGUCUUGGCACCCUCAUCCUUGUGAUGUUUGGCUGUGGUGCCGUGGCCCAGCAGGUGUUGAGCGAUGGUUCCCAUGGCAUGUUCCUCACCGUCAACUUUGCCUUCGGCUUCGCUGCCACUUUAGGCAUCCUGGUCUGUGGCCAGGUAUCAGGUGGCCAUCUGAACCCUGCAGUGACCUUUGCCCUGUGUCUACUUGGAAGAGAGCGCUGGAGAAAAUUCCCCAUGUACUUCCUCUUUCAGACAAUCGGUGCUUUUUUUGGUGCUGCCAUCAUUUUUGGCAUGUACUACGAUGCUCUGUGGGACUUCCCGGGAGCUUUCAAUGUGACUGGGCCUGGAGCUACAGCCGGCAUCUUUGCCACCUACCCUGGAAAACACCUUACCCUUGUCAAUGGCUUCUUUGAUCAGAUAAUUGGCACAUCAGCAUUGAUAGUUUGCAUUCUGGCUAUUGUGGAUCCAUACAACAACCCAGUCCCCCAAGGGCUGGAGGCUUUCACAGUGGGAUUUGUGGUUCUGGUUAUUGGAUUGUCUAUGGGCUUUAACUCAGGCUAUGCUGUCAAUCCUGCCAGAGACCUCGGACCACGUAUUUUCACAGCUAUGGCUGGGUGGGGCUCUGAGGUUUUCACGACUAGAAAUGGCUGGUUCCUGGUGCCCAUAUUUGCCCCAUUCCUUGGCACCAUCAUUGGUGUGAUGAUCUACCAGCUGAUGGUUGGCUUCCACGUGGAGGGAGAAAUACGUGACAAAAAGAGUUCAGAGGAGGAAAAUGUCCGACUCACCAAUGUCAACACCAACAACUCCAAAGGUGCUAAUAAAGAGGUGCACUGAGUGUGUUAAAAAUAUGCUGAAACAUACUCUAAAAGAUUCACAUUCUGUAAAUACCAACACACACCAGCAUUUUUCCUUCAACAUCUGUGGAAGCCACAACUGUUUUCUCUGAAUCUUCUUUACAGCUGUUGGAAUAUCUCAAGAUAGCUGUGUGUGUGUGUGUGUGUGUGUGUGUGUGUGUGUGUGUGUGUGUGUGUGUGAAAACAGGCCACUCUCUUUACAUUAUUAUGUGAUUGUAUUAUGUUGUAGAGUAACAGUUGUGUAUGAGUAUGGAAGAGAGAAACAUAAUUUCAGAAACACAGAAUUACAUUAAUUCUUUUACGAGAUGAACACUUGGAUCUUAGUGUCUAUAGCACUCGGGUUUGAACAGUAUUGUAUGCUUUAUACUAAUGUAGUUAUAUAUCACUUUUUAUGUAGUUUAAUAUAUAUAGCAGAUGGACAAAUGUACGUCUUUUGCAUGCAAUUUUUGUGCAUUCUGUCAAUCCAGACCCUUUCAAUGAUGGCAUUUGAAUUCAGGGAAUUCAGAAUUCAAACUUUAACCUAGAUGUUCAAAUAUCUGUCACUAAAUACUUGUCUGAGAAGAAUAUUGUACAGUGGUAGAAAAUAUGCUAUCUAUGUAGACCAUAUUGACUCUGUUGUUUAGAGCAAACAUGGUAAGGCUAUAUCCCUCCCACAACAUUCUUCACUCGACCACUGCUAUCUUAAUGCAGCUAUAUUAAAGCUGCUGCCCUAUAAAAGGCCUAACCAGCAAUCCCUAAAACAAGCCAACAAACUAUUGUAAUAUGUCAUCAGCUAGAAAACUUGACCAUUAACCCUUUGUAUGAACUAAAAGUUAUCAGAAUCUACUGUAGCCAUGUAGGUACAUGCUUGACAACAUCAGAUAUGUGUUACCAAAUGACAGUUAUCUUCUUAUUUCUACGGGAACUAUCCGUUUUAAAAUUGUUGUGUUCAUUUACACCUGUUGAUAUGUUUGUAUCUUGUGUACGACUCCAGGGUUGGGUGCUAAACUGGACAAUGAACACCUUUAUAUUUUAUGUAGGUUGAUGGGAAAUGCCUUUGUACUGAUACAAUAAAGUUCUGUUUUUUAUUACUGCA